GUGGAGGACGAGAGAAUGAUUCCUGCUCCCUAUGGAGCAGGUUUAUUUGAUAAACGCGCUUCCGUUUGAAGUACAUAUACCUGGUUAUCAAUUUUGUGGGCCCGGUACUCGUCUCGCGAAAAGACUAGCGCGUGGUGAUCGAGGAAUAAAUCGAUUAGACGCGGCGUGUCGCGAACACGAUAUCUUCGCCUAUUCGCGAAGCAACGAUCUCGCCGAUCGUCAUAUUGCCGAUCGAGUUCUCGCCGAAAAAGCACGCGAACGUAUAACAGCGAGUGAUUCGACGUUUGGUGAGAAAGCUGCCGCGACCGCUGUAUGGGCAGCCAUGAAAACAAAAACGAAAUUAGGAAUGGGUAUGAAAAGAAAGAAAAAGACGAAAAGGAAGAGACUACUUCCGGUAACGAAACGUUCUCACUGA